CGGGUGCGGCAAGGGGUUGGUGUGUGCCCUCUGCUAGAGGGAGAGGCGGAGCUUGGUGGGUGUGGAUUAAUGGGUUCUGGGUUUUAUUUUCUCCUUUAGUCUAUUGACUAGGAAGGCCUCCAAAGGCACAGGUAAAAUGCUCUGGAAGGUUUGGGGACCUGUUCCUUCCAUCCACUUUCACUUGGACCGAGCUGGGGUCAAUUCGCCUCAAUUAAUUUAAAGUCCAGGGCUUUUGGUUUGAGACCAUAGGCUUCAUUUCUCAGGACUCCUAGGCCUUCUCCUUUUAGUGCUGUCAGUGAAACUAUUUGGUGUUUGGGUGUUUUUUACCUUUCUUUCUCAUGAUGGCAUUAUAAAAUAAAUUCAUUUAAAUUUAUUGGCCUAGUUCAUUAUUGGUUGUAGUGGUUUUCUAAAGCCCUAGGUUGUAGGAAUGUACACUUUAAAAAGAAAAAAAAAACAACCCUGAACAAAUGGGAAAUAUGUUUGCUAAAAUAACUAUUUGUCAAGAAAGUUUUAAUAGAAUUUCAAUGUUCUUUUUAUUACCAUUAUUGUAUUCCUUUAUCCAGCAAUUACUGAUUGUAGAUUUUAGAGACAUAAUGGCCCACAAUUGUGUCAAUAUCCCUGCCCUCUGGGAGCUUAUAGUCUGUGAUUCUCUAUCACUAUAUGAAUAGGAUGGCACAGCACUGAUGCAGAGUAUUAUAAGUGGAACAAUGUAUGGAAAACCCUAAUAAUAUUUAUUUCCUGUUGAAGAAGAUCAGAAGCACUGUGUAUUGUAUAUGAUGCAUAUUAUAUGAUUGUUUCUGAACACUGGAUAGUGCAUCAAUAAAGCUACUAAUUGCUGGCUGUGUUACAUAUAUCUUAGCAAAUACGAUAGUUAUUUGUGUGACGCUGCGUUUGGCAAUAAAAUUGAGAAGCCUUUUUAUUUUAUUUCAGAUAUGCACUCACUCUAUAGUACUUUACCUUUGACGUCUCAGGCAUUUUAUUAACUUUAUAUAUGUUAUCUCAUUUAAUUCUCAAAACAGCCCAUGAGAUGCAGGUACUAUUUAUUUGACUGAAGAGAAAACUGAAAUUUUCAGAAAAUCUCCAAAAGGAAAAUGUUUUUCUUGAACUGUACAAAUCAGCUGCUGGUUCAGAAUUGAGUAAUUUGUGGUAUACUUUCCAGAUUAAGUGAUAUUAAGAUGCUAUCUUAAUCUAGUCCGAGAAACGGCAUGUUUUACCAAUUUCUUGUAAAAUUGCAUUGAUCACGGUGAUUAAGUAGAAGUCUUAAAUUUCGUCGUUUUUGACGCCCAUAUUGUAUAAGGGUUACCAGUCUCACAGGUGUUUCCACACCUAACCCAAGUACUUAUUUUACAUUUAACUUUAAAUUCUGCCUUGCACUUCCCAUUAAGCAGUGUUCAGUGUUCAGAUGAGGUCCGAAUUUUUAAGGGAUGCAUAUUUAAUUAAAGCAGAUAAAUUUUAACGGUAUAAUCAAUACCAUUCCUGUGCCAGCUCUCAAUAGUUUGGCAAGACAGUGAGUAUAACAGAAAGGAUGAGAGACCAGUGUAUUUAGUAACGAAAGAAGGAAAAACAACCGAAAAAUUUAGAAACAUAUAGUGCUAAGGAGACAGAACUUCCCACCAUUUUAGAAAUUGGAGUAUAACGACCUGCCCUGUUAUUUAGAACACAGAAAUUGAACAUAGGUUCGUAGUACACUGGAAAAGAGUGGAGAUAAGUAUAAAAUGGAAAAUUAGAUUUAAAGUUGCAUCAGACAUUAUAAAAAUGUAAAAGUGAAUUUAAACCUGGCAAUGUUCAUGUUUUAACACACCCCACCCCAAGGAACACCUUUUGGAAACCCCAGCAUGCCUGUAAGACCCUUUGGCAGCUGGGGGCUGGAAACAGCGGAACGAAAGGCAGGCGUUCCUCGGUUGCUGGGGCGGACGAGGACCCAAUCUGUCCGUCGUUUCAAGUUUCCCCCAGGGCUUGGGACCAAAGCGUGCGGCAAAUUCAGGUUUUCCGGCACCGUAGUGGUCGUCGCCGACCCGAAUUAGAGGCCAACUGAGAAAUCUUCAUGCCUCAGAUUUGUUGACCUACAGAAUGCUUCGAUACCCAUAUUUUUGUAGAACCUAUAAAGAAUUUCUUUCAUGCUGGUUGGAAUCUGGCAUGUUUAAUUUAGGUGUCUGGCCAAAAAAGAUACAUGCUACAGCAGAAAGAUAUGAUGAACAUGAAGCCCACGAGCAAACAUAUCAAACUGGAGCUCAGGAGUUUCACAGAUCUCAAGGUUCUGAAGUGAUGACUAAAUUACAUAUUCCAGUAAUGGUGGAUGAAGUUGUUCGGUGUUUGGCACCACAAAAAGGGCAGAUUUUUCUAGAUAUGACAUUUGGUUCAGGAGGACACACAAGAGCCAUUCUACAGAAGGAGUCAGAUGUUACUAUUUAUGCCUUAGACAGAGACCCAACUGCUUAUGCAAUGGCUGAACAGCUUUCAGAAUUGUAUCCCAAACAGAUCCGGGCUCUGCUAGGCCAGUUCAGCCAGGCAGAAGCAUUAUUAAUGAGAGCUGGAGUGCAGCCAGGGACUGUGGAUGGAGUCCUUUUGGAUCUUGGAUGUUCCUCCAUGCAACUUGAUGCUGCCGAAAGAGGUUUUUCCCUGCGGAAGGAUGGCCCCUUGGACAUGAGAAUGGAUGGUGGCAGGUACCCUGACAUGCCCACUGCAGCUGAUGUUGUGAAUGCUUUAGAUCAACAGUCACUUGCAUCCAUCCUGAGAACAUACGGGGAGGAGAAGCAUGCCAAGAAAAUAGCUUCAGCAGUUGUUCAGGCACGUAGCAUCUACCCCAUCACCAGAACCCAGCAGCUUGCUAGCAUCGUCGCAGCUCUGCUGGUGCUCUUCGUCUCCCGUACGGAAAAGAAGAGCAGCGAGAAGUCACAUUUUUUAUUCAAAAGAAAAUCCAGAAUUUUCUGCUGCUAAAAAGAGGACUUGCAGCAAGAGGGCAUCCUGCAGAUUAUCCCAUCAGAAAACUUGACCUGACAACUGAUGACACUGAGGCACAGGAAGCAUCUCAGCUUCUUCAGGGUCCAACCUCAUUCAUUAACGGCAAAGUCAGCCCUAAUCUAGAAUUUGGAAGCUCAUGAAUUUGAGGCAUAAUUGGGAAUCUGCCUUUAAGAAAUUAAGUUAACUUUUCUGUCUCAAGAUCCUAAUCUGCAAACUUGAGGAGAUAGCAUUGUGGCGUUAGAUAGAAAUUCUAUGAAAAUGUAAAAUAGGAACAAUUUAAGUAUCUUCAGAAAGAUUUGACAUGAAACACAUAUUAGGGGGAUGACAGAUGAUGUAGUAAAAGUGAGCAUAUUCACAUAUGUGUAGGCAAAAACCUCAUUUUAGUAGAUGCCACUGAAAGAUUGAGUUCUCUAUAAUGAGUCCAUUUUUAUGGCUCAGAUCAGCUCAUAAUGCAAAAACUUUAUUGAUGAUAUAAUUCUUUGGAAAAAGGGAAAAAUAGAAACAAUGAACUUUCAGGGUUUUUUUUCAUUUAUUUAAAAAAAAUAAUAAUAAUUUGGGAGAGGCUGCUAUAUACCAGGUAUUAAACUGAGUACUAAAGAUAGAAUGGGGAGUGAAUCAGAUACAGCCUCUGUGUUCACGAAGCUUACUGACUAGUAAGGGACUGAAUAAAAACGUGGUGUAAUAAACCUGUACUUAUAGUGGAAACCUUAUUUAUUUUACUCUGAAGUAAUGAUUGUGUGGCUUAUAGAAAAAGUUGCUACAAAUAUAGAGUUAUAGAACUUAUACAUAUACAGAUAUAUAUGGACAUGCUUGCAUCCUAAUUGCAGUUCCACAAAGUCCAUUCUUGCAUAAACCACACCCAUGGGAUAUCUUGUACAAGGUCUGAUCUUAUUGUUACUCAAAUGAAGUAAGAAUUUAAAGGUAUGUACAAAACAAUCUGAAAGAGACAUUUUCU